AUGUUCAUCAACUCAACACUGCACGGAGCGUGUAUAGCUCCAUUCUACGAUGCUUCUUUGUUUCCUCCCGAAGGUGGUUACAUCGGUGGUCGUCUUUGUUCUCAACAGAGUCAAGACCCAAGCUCAGCGUUAUGUUGUCUACCUUGUCCGGCAUCAUAUUGGGCCUAUUCAGACAGCUUUGAGACUCUUGGGACCGUCGCGGGUUGGCUCAAUGUCGCCGGCCUGGCACUACAGUCUUUUAUGCUCGUCUCCAACGCCUUCCUCCCUGCAGCGAGGACUCGGAGCCACUAUCUUACACAAUGUUUGAUCGUCGCUGUGAUAUGGAUCAACCUCGCUUUCGUGAUACCGCUAGGGGCAGAGCCUGACCAAUGUUACGAUGGCAUCACACCAAAUGACAUGUUCACUUCCAUGACGUGUGCAUGGUCUGGAGCGUUUUUGCUGGCUGGAGCGCUUGCAGGUUCUAUGUGGAUUUUCAUUCGCGCUUUCAGCAUGCAUCUCACCGUUGUGUGGGACAUUGUCCCCGGUCCGCGAUUCUUCUACAUCUCACAAGCAGUAGGAUGGGGAGUGCCGGCAGCACUUUUCACGGCUGCCAUCAGCAUAUCAGGGGUUUCAUUUCGAUUUGGCAAUGCUUGCCACAUCAACCAUGAUAACUCGAUGGUGACAUUUUGGGGAUGGCUUCUUGCUGUCGCGGGAGCAGCUGUGAUUGUCCAAAUGAGCACUUUUGGAUACUGUCUUCGUGUCUUCUUCAACAGUCUCUGGGAAGACAGUGCGAGGCCGCUCUCUCAAGGAUCAGCAAAGAGUCUGCCGAUGUCCGUGGUGAGCGCCAAAUCACAACGAGCGCGGGUGAUCUACCGCCGACUGAAGAGUGUGCUAUACCUACAAUGGCGAGGCAUGCUGAUCGUCACCAUCGUCCUCGUUGAUGUCAUCUUCUUCGCAGUCGUCUUUGUCUACCUCGAUAAGCUCGAGGAGUCUAUGCUCCACGACUACACUCGAGUGCUGCCCUGGGUGCUAUGUCUGAUCGAAAAUCAAGGCGACCGAAAUCCUUGCUUCCAAUACAGCCACAAAUGGUUGAUCAGCGAGCCCACUAUCGGCGCCAUGCUGCUCAUGAUUUCACUGCUAGGCAUUGAGCUCUUUGUGCUACUAUUCCGCUGGUCAUUAAUCGCAGGCUGGAAGGAGCGAUGGAUAGCACUGACACAGCGAGGAGGAAACCAACAAGAAUUCGUAUCCUUGGAUGCGCGAAAGUCG